UGCAGAGGGCACCACGCGUUGGCUCCGCUGGUCUCCGGCCGUUGGCUGAGCGUGGCCUCUGAGCAAGUCGGUUGGCACCCGGCUGGCUCAGGGUCAGGCCUGUCCGGGAACAGCACAAGGAAUUGGGCGGGCCGUGAGCAGCCGAAAGGGUCCACGCAACGAUGGCAGACAAAGGCAAAAAGGGGGGCAAACCAGCUGCGGGGGCCCCUCCUCCUCCUCCGGGCGGCAAGAAGGAGGGAGAGCAACCCCCGGGGGAGGGGAAGCAGCCCCCCGGGGAGGGGAAAGGGGAGGAGAAGAAGGGAGCUGAGCCGCCGCCGCCCAAGCCCAAAUCCGUGCAGCCCAAGGACGAAGUGGGCACGAGGAAGGGGUGCCGCCGCUACAAGUGGGAACUGAAGGACAGCAACAAGGAGUUCUGGGUGAUGGGGCACGCCGAGGUCAAGAUCCUGAGCGUGGGCUGCCUGAUAGCUGCGCUGGUCAUGUUCACCGGCACCGUCGUGCACCCGCUCCUGACCCUCAUCAUCAGCAUGGAACUGUCCGUCUUCCUCUUCUUCAUCAUCGUCUACUCCUUCGCCAUCAACAGAUACAUGCCCUUCAUCCUGUGGCCCAUCACUGACCUUCUCAAUGACCUGUUCGCCACUGCUUUCCUGGCCGGCGCCACGGCCUUCGCUGUGCAAACUCGCCAAACCAUGCCAAUGAACUACUUUGUUGCUGUGAUCCUUAUUGGUGUGGCUGCAUUUUUCCCUUUAAUCGAUAUAUGCCUUCAAAGAAAACACUUCAGAGGCAAGAAGGUCAAAAGGAAUGUGCUGGUUCCUCCUCAAAAAAAGGCAGAUGCUGCGAAGGCAAAGGAAGAGGCAAAAUCGGGGGCGGCAAAGCCGAAGGAAGACAAAAAGGGAAAGCCAGCGGCGGCGGCGGCGGCAAAGCCAGGCAAGAAAUGACACGAAGGAGAAGCUUGUGGUUGGAAGUGGCCGUGCGUUUUACAACGAAGCAGAGUCCCACUGUCUUCCUUGUCUUCUUCCUCAAUGAUUUCCUUUUCCACUUAAAUAACCACCUCUGCUCGGAAAAGAAA